AGGUUUGAUCUGCAGCAUCAUCGACUGCUCACUUUUUAACUUCAGUCACACGACAGCGGUGCCAGUCAGGGUUGACUUGCUGGCUGUGAUUCACAAUGUUCAACUUACUGGACAAUUGAACACAUUCAAUGGGAUUUUAAAAGCAGAAAGAGCUGGUUAUCAUUGCUGACCAUGAAGUAAUAACCCCAUUCUACAUAAAUCAGAGAUCCUCUCAGGGGGAGAUCAUACAAAUGGAAUCCAAGCUCUCCUGUCUGUUGUCCUUCAAAGAAGACAUGAUUCCAGUGGAAUACAUUCAGCCACACUACAAGGAGUCCUACCGGCUUGCCAUCUACGCUCUGGUCAGUGGGGGUAGAGAUGCCUACCAGGAGUACCUCAAAGCCGAACAACUCAGUGUCUUUCUCUCUGAAGAGGAGGUCAUCUUCAUUUUGGACAAUGCAGAGUUGCCAGUCCCGGAGGAUGAGGAUUAUGAAGCAGGGAAACGUAAAAGUGAAGAAAAUGUCAUAGCUCCCUCGACUUACUUCCCCACUGAGUCAGAUGAGGAGGUUCCUGACCUUGACCUCGGCUGGCCAGAGGUCACCAAUGAGAACGUGGAGACAAACAUCAGCCUGCUUUUCCACCCUCCCAGACACAACACACCGACCAUCAAAGAGACGAUACGUAAACAAAUCCAAGAGGCAAGACAGGUUAUUGCUAUAGCGAUGGAUGUCUUCACUGACGUUGAUAUUUUUAAGGAGAUUAUCAAUGCAACUACUAGGGGAGUGAUGGUCUACAUACUUCUUGAUGACUUCCAAUUCAAAAGCUUUCUGAAUAUGGCUAAGAGCGCAGGUGUCCAAAUCCAAGAGCUCAAGAACCUGCGAGUUCGGACAGUGAAAGGACAGCAGUACAUGUGUCGAUCUGGAGCAAAGUUCCAUGGAUCUUUGGAGCAGAGGUUUCUUUUGGUGGACUGCAAAACAGUGUUGUACGGCACAUACAGCUUCAUGUGGUCCUUUGAGAAGAUCAACCUCAGCAUGGUCCUGGUGGUCACAGGGCAGCUGGUGGGCUCCUACGACGAGGAGUUCAGACGUCUGUUCGCCCGAUCCACUCUUCCCGCCACUCUCUCUCAGGAGAGACACUCCCAGAAAGAGCCGGCUACGUCCACAUACGACCCUUAUUCUGGUCGGAACUUCGGGAGCAGACUCUCGCUUGACCAGAUUCACAUGCGAUCCCGUGGGAGACAGCUUGGCUUGAUGAGCUCUACCGGUCAACAGAAGGACGAUCGAUACAACAAUGGACAGAUGGUCAAAAGAGGACUGAGCUUUCAGGACAGACUGAAUCAAUCUCACUGCACCGAUAUGGUGAAACUUGUGAGGGGACACAGCUACGCCGGAGAGCUGCCGCGGAGAGGGAAUUCCACAACUCACUUGAGGAAUGUAAGAGAUGAAGCUGGCGGCGCUCACGGUGCCCCUGAGAGAGGCAGAUGCAGCGAGGAUCUACUGUUACCAGGCAGGAUGAAUCAUUACACGCAGAAGAGGUACGGCAUUGACCAACAGCAUGUACUCCCUUACAGCAGUGAGAACUCACUUAACAGGUGGAAAAUCGACUCGUACCUCAAUAACAGUGAUGCGACCCUAGGGGAGCCAGUUGAUAAUCUGCAUCUGCCUGACAGCACUCAGAACCCAAACACAUCAUCCCGGAUGAGAACAUCAGUCCUCUUCAACAGCCGCCUGACAGAGCAGUCUGAAACUCCUAACUAUAUGUCUGAGCACUCUGUGACAUCUCCACAAGGCAGUCUAUGGAUGCUAUCUCCACAGGGCAGUCUAAGAGUGACAUCCCCACAGAGCAGUCUAGGAGUGACAUCUCCACAGGGCAGUCUAGGUGGCCUAAGCAACUUCCAAACCCAACUGACCCCUGCUAGAUUGAGGGAGAGUCAGACGAGACUGGAAGAGAUCAGACAGAAAAGGCUCAGUUUACAUGAGUAUGAGGAACCUGUCAGCAACUUAAGGCCAGGGCAGAGCCAGGAUUCUCACCGGCUGUCUAUUUUCUCUACUCUGGAAAGAGCUAAAGGAAGGUCGUCAGAGAGAGGCCUGGAUAAAACGCACAGUGCGGCAGAGCUAGCAGGCAGCUCAGAACACAGUUCUAUUCAAGGACCUUCCAGCCGCAGAGAGGAACUCAACCCAGGAGGUCAACAGGAAGAGGAAAACAGAGUUGAAGACCAAAAAUGUAAACUAACCAACUUUAGUGAUGCGCAAAAGUCUGUCUCACAAUACGAUAUCACGACCAAGACAGAGAGGAAUCCUCUUGAUGACUGGCAAGAGCCUCUCUCUAGGACGAUGUCGGCAGCCCAACUGGGAAUACAACUAAAGGAACCUUUGCUCAAGCCCUCCAACUUCAGACCAAUUGGACUUAAUGUGGAGAGCUCUAAAGCGCUAACAUCUUUGAUUGGAAUACCAGAGGAGAAGGAGGGCCCCACCAGGAAGAGUCAUGACUCCGCUGACCAGCUGGCCAACAGCUCUGACUUGGUGCUCUCCGCAGACAAAGAGGAAACAUGCCAAAGUGCGAAUCCAUUGAAACCCAGAACUUCAGUGGAAUCAAUAAUGAAUAUAGUGCAUGCCAAUGUUUCAGUGGAGAAAACGUCACACAAAGAAGAAGGAGCAGAACUCCAAAGGCAGAAUUCAUUCAGAUCCACAAUUCAAAGGAUAGGUUCAGUAAGAUCAAAGCAUUUAGUGCAGGCUGACAUUUCCGCAGAGCAGAGAACCAUCUCAGAUCCUCCUGGAAAACCGUCAGCUGUGCGACUUACUACAUCACCCAAAGGUCAUUCUCCAAGCCCGUCCAGGUCAUCACACAUUGCGGCUGACACUGAAACCGAAAAGGAACAACUAUAUAAUUCUCCCAGCCCAGCAGGUAAAUCCUCAUCUCCUGGGUUAACGACUAGCUGGGUUAGAAGGAGCUUUAGAAAGAAAUGUGUACCGGACCAGGACUCCCUGAGCUCCACAAACACUGUGGAGAGUCAAGCAUCAAUUCAUUCAGACACCGGGCGGAAACGAGCGUAUAGCCGGUUUGAGAGUUUUGUUUCAUUUGACAACAAGCCUUCUGAUAAACCGACAACAGCUACUACGAACCGAUAUGACUCAGACAAGCACGGGAGUUUGUUUGUGAGACAUCCCCCUGUUAGUUCCAUGCACCGCUAUCAGACUGAAACUACUCCCAAUGAAAAUAAGCUUGGCCGAUUCAUACAACGGGUGGGGAAUCUCAUCAGCAAGAAGUGAAUGUUUCAAUGAUGUCUACGAUCAAGGCAAUAACAGCGCUGUUCUAUGACAGGGUUUGUAUUGUAAAUUAGACUGUUAAGUCUUAAGGGAAUUUGCAUGUAUUUUUUGUGCACUGGUUAUGGGAUACAUUUUAUUGUACAAAUGUUGGAAUGUUCUAAUAUGGCAAGUGUGCUAAUUCUGAUAAAGCAAUAUCAUUUUUAUUCCUUACAAGUGAAAUGGUCAGUUAGAUUGUCCCUUAGUUGUCAAUUGAAUACCCCAAACGUGAGUAUAUUACUGUCCUUUGUUUUGAGUUCAUAGUAGACAUUUCGUUUUAAAAAGUGCAUACAUGCAUAUGAAAAGAAUUGCUUCAAUAUAAGGUACCCUGUGCUGUGUGUUCAGCUAUACAUGUCAAAUAAGUUUCAAUGUCAGUAUUCAGUGUGAAGUGGCCAGUUUCCUUUCAUACGUUUUCCCAUGGCACUGUAAUAGGUUGAGAAUGUUAUUUAUGUUUGCGUACCAUACUGACAGCUAUCUACUGUAAGGCAUCAUAAUUCAAGACCCAAAACCCCAGUUGUUUCCUGCUCUCUUUUUAAAGAAAUCUGAUUAAAUGUGAUAAUUCAUUUUCAAUUCAUUUGGGCCCUGCACACAGAUGUUGAUAUUUCAAUCAUGUUUUUAUUGUUUUCUGUCAAAUAUGGAAUAAAAAAAGAUAUAUGUUGAAAGAAA